UCUUCACUGGGCGGCGAAGAAGAGCCUCUCCCUGCCCUCUGUAUCUGUACUAAGAAAUGGCGGCGUCCGUGUGCCGAGUCGGGAGCACCGUGGGUCGAGCCCUUGCCAAAACCCGCAGUCCCAUCCUCCUGUCUUUGAGGCGUGGGCAGGCCUCAGUCAGCUAUGCUCAGAGCCUGGUGGGAGCCCCUGAGACCCGCCUCACUGCCUUGGACAAUGGUUUGAGGGUCGCAUCUGAGGAGACUGGACAUGCCACAUGCACUGUUGGACUGUGGAUCAGCGCUGGCAGUCGCUAUGAGAGUGAGAAGAACAAUGGAACAGGCUUCUUCCUGGAGCACAUGGCUUUCAAGGGAACAAAGAAGCACCCUCAGACAGCCUUAGAGCAGCAGGUGGAGUCAAUGGGUGCCCACCUGAGUGCCUACACCUCUCGGGAGCACACUGCAUAUUACAUGAAGACCCUGGCCAAAGACCUGCCCAAAGCUGUGGAGUUGCUGUCAGAGGUGGUGCAGAGCUGCUCGCUGAGUGAGGCAGAGAUCGAGCAGCAGAGGGGCGUGGUGCUGCGUGAGCUGGAGGAAGUAGAGGGCAACCUCCAGGAUGUUUGCCUGGACCUGCUGCAUGCCACAGCCUUCCAGGGCACUCCUCUGGGACACAGUGUGCUGGGACCUUCGGACAAUGCCAGAACUCUGACCCGCCAGGACCUUGUGGAUUACGUCAACAGCCACUACAAGGCCCCUCGUAUGGUGCUGGCUGCUGCUGGAGGUGUGAACCAUGACGAGCUGGUCACUUUGGCCAGAUCUCACUUCAGCGGAGUGUCUUUUGAGUACGAGGGAGAUGCCGUCCCGGUGUUGUCACCCUGCCGCUUUACUGGCAGUGAGAUCCGCAUGCGUGAUGAUGGCUUGCCUCUGGCACACGUUGCCAUCGCUGUGGAGGGGGCCAGCGCUGCCAGCCCAGACAUCGUGCCUCUGAUGGUGGCCAACUCCAUCAUCGGCAGCUAUGACCUCACCUACGGUGGCGGAAAGCAUCUGAGCAGCCGCCUGGCUCGCCUGGCAGUGGAGGAGAACCUGUGUCACAGCUUCCAGGCCUUUCACUCCUCCUACAGCGACACUGGCCUGCUGGGAAUUUACUUUGUGGCUGACAAACACUACAUCGAGGACAUGAUGCACUGGUCCCAGAAUGCCUGGAUGAACCUGUGUACCACAGUGACAGAGAGUGAUGUAGCCAGAGGCAAGAACGCUCUGAAGGCCAGCCUGGUUGGACAGCUCAAUGGAACAACACCAAUUUGCGAUGACAUCGGUAGACACAUCCUGAACUACGGCCGUCGUAUUCCUCUGGCCGAGUGGGACGCUCGGAUUGAUGCCGUGACCCCCAGGAUGGUUCGUGACAUCUGCUCCAAAUAUAUCUACGAUAAGUGUCCUGCUGUGGCAGCUGUCGGCCCCAUUGAGCAGCUGCCCGACUAUAACAGAAUGCGCAGUGCCAUGUACUGGCUCAGGUUUUAAAACAUGUUGCCGUUUCGCUCUGUGUCCUGUUAACUCCUCAUCUUUCUCCUCAGUGUUACCCACAUGUUUGAGUGACAGCACAGUCAGCCAUCCAUCCUCUUUCUUCUCCCUGCCUCCCUCUCUUAUCCCGCCCACUGAUCACUCUUAGUUAGCAAUGAGGGUGGCAGCCAGCCUGCACAUUGUACGCAUUGGUUACCUCCUGAUUUUAGUGCAGCGGUCCUCAUCACCUGGUACUAAUUCGGAGAGAGGAGGGGAAGAGACGGCAGACUUGAAUAUAAAAUGUCAUCUAGUGGACACAGUACAAUCAGUACUGAAUACAGGCAGUUUGGAGCAAGAGUAUAUUUAUAAUUUCUGUAACAUUUGUUUCUGUCCUCUAUUGUACAUAACAGAAGCUCUCAUUCCGACAAAAAUAAAAUACUGUAAAACACUGA